CAAUAACUUCACUUCCCCAAUAAAAUCAAACAUCUCAUUUCCAAAAUCAAAAACAAUUCUCCCUUUCUCAUCUCUUCUCUCUCUCUCUCUCUCUCUCUCUCGACACAAAUUAUAAUAGAGAUUGAAGUUUGUUAGGAUCAAGAAGACAAUAACACUUCCAAGUUCACAAUGAAGAGGACGUACGAAGAGGUCAUUGCCCAACAGCAGCAACAUUAUUCCGACUUAGCCCUUCUCGAGUCGAUAAGCCUUUACUUACUCGGAGAGUCGUCGGAUUCUACGCUUGGAGCUUCGAAUUUCACUUCGACCACCAGCAUGAAUUAUCUGAGUGCAACGGGGGGCCAGUCCUUUCCAGAAACAUGGGCUGAGCUCCCGUUUAAGGAGGAUGACCCGCAAGACAUGGUCCUAUACGGGGUCCUUCAUGACGGCUGGGGCGCAGCAAAUCCCCCCGAGGUCGGGCCGUUUGAUAGUUUUUCACAUAUAGGUGUAGCAGUGAAGGCAGAGCCCGCAGAGUGCUCUCCAGAGACCGUCCCCACGGCAGUUGUGCUGCCAGAGACAGUGGCAGCGCCAGCAGCACGGGCGGCCACGUCCAAGGGGCGGCACUACCGAGGGGUGAGGCAGCGGCCAUGGGGGAAGUUCGCGGCCGAGAUAAGGGACCCAUCAAAGAACGGGGCCAGAGUAUGGCUCGGGACCUACGAAACAGCUGAGGACGCAGCCUUGGCUUAUGAUCGGGCGGCAUAUAGGAUGCGGGGCUCAAGGGCUCUGCUAAAUUUUCCCCUGCGAAUUAAUUCGGGCGAGCCUGAGCCCGUGAGAGUGACCUCAAAGAGAUCUUCUCCCGAACCGUCGUCCUCGUCUUCGUCUAACUCAUCGGGGUCGGGGGCCACGAAGAGGAGGAGAAAGGUGGCAGCGGCGGUCGAGACAGCUAGCUCGGGGACUCAGGCAGGGCCGGGGAUAGUGACGGAGGGUGGAGCGGAGAGAUGCCAAGUUGGAGUUCAAGUGGUGGCCACGUGUACAAACGGAAAGCAGCUAUUGGUUGGCAGAUGCUGACAUUGGAAGAUCCAUCCCUUGAAAUUUCUUGGCUGCUUUUAAUAAUUUCGGGAAAAGAUUAGGAAACAGUUUCUGACAAUUCAUUCGCAUGGAAAUUGUCAGUUUGUAAAGGAAAACGUUUGUGACGCGGAAGCCAUGCAAAAAGAGAAACAAAUGGGAGUUUUUUUUUUUUUUUU